UCCCCUCCGUCGAGAGGCCGAUAAUCGCUGUUUCUCGACGUUUCCGGGCAGGAAUAACGGCUAAAUUACCGACUGGGGAUACCGUGCAGUGAAAGAGAAAGCCGCCCUGCUCUGGAAAAGGCGGAAAAUUUACCUGGGAAAACCUGGACCGAGGCAUUCAACAGCUGAAUAUUCAGGACACUGCAUCCAUCGGUUACCUGUCCUAUCAGUCAAUUUGAAGGACCUGCUAAAGCCUUCUUCUGUCACCUACCUGAGAAUAUCAAUUCGCCUCGACUCCACAGAAGCAUUGCAAGAAAACCUCUGCGUCGCAUUGUCAAGGGCCAAUCGAAAUGACCUACAUCGGGCCUCCUGGCUUAGAAUACCUGUCCCAGCUCGACACAGUCUUAGUUAAGCAGAAAUGUGAGGUUUUCGAAAUUCUCCCUGGAUGCGAGACGAACAACCAGUACAUCCUGAAGAACAACAGCGGGUACGAGUUCUUCAGAGCAGUAGAACACACCAAUUACUGUCUCCGCCACGUCUGCGGAUCAAUCCGAGCCUUCGACAUUGCCUUUCUUGACCACGAGGAUCAGGAGAUCCUCCACCUUAGCCGUCCUUUCAGGUGUAACAGCUUCUGCUGUCCCGCCUUCACCUUACAGACAAUCGAGGUAUCCUGUCCUCCUGGGAACCCCCUAGGUACAGUUAGUCAAGAAUGGUCGUUCUGCACACCGUUAGCGUCGAAGUUCAGCCUCUUCAACGCUUCUGGCGACAAAGUUCUUAGAGUAAUAGGACCUACGUGCACCAUAAGCUGUGGGGACGACGUCAUUUUCAAGAUUGUCACGGCAGAUGGGUCUGCCCAGAUCGGCAGUAUUACGAAAAAGUGGCAAGGAUAUUGCAAUGAGAGUUUAUCCGAAGCAGACAACUUUAGCAUCAAUUUCCCCAUAGAUUUAGAAAUUAGGUCAAAGGCGCUUCUCCUUGGUGCUAUGUUCUUGAUUGACUUCAUGUUUUUCGAGAGAAGGUUUUGAGCCACGGGAAUCUAACCCUUCUACUGUACUAUCGAAGAGGCCAAAGUACAAUGAUGGUUACUUCGGCGGCAGCUCUACCUCCCCCCAACCCCCCAAAACCUCUUUUGUUGCUGCCAGGAGAUAUUAUUGAUGACCUGUACAAUAAUCAUCCAAAUACGUUGAUACUUUGCAUUGUUUGUUUACGAGGCAAAUAGAUAAUAUAAGUUGGAUUCAUUGUCAUAAACCCAUCUCUCUCUCUCUCUCUCUCUCUCUCUCUCUCGCAAUUUCAAAUCACUGAGAUUUCAGGACACAAUACCCCCAAUAAAUCUCUCUCUCUCUCUCUCAUUAGAACACUGUGAAUGUACAGUGAAACCUACUCCUUGAGAUUAGUGAGCACACGAUGUCUCCUCGGAUGGACUAAUAUAAGUCUUUGAGACAUCCUAAUCCUUGUAACUCCUUGUGACACUCUCUCUCUCUCUCUGUGUUACUGGUCUUGGCGAAGCACGCGCUGGUUUACGCUGAAUGUACUACAGUAGUAAGUCAUGAUUUAGAAGAGCUAUUCGAUUGAUGUGCAAAGUUCUUGAAUGCGUGACUCUAUUGUUUUCGUACCAGCUGGAUGAUUGAUUUGUGCCAGACAACUUGUUAUGAUUUUGCUAUCCUUAAUUUUUAUACUUCUUUUCACAAAAAUCAAACACACACACAAAAAUAUGAGGUAGUUCCACUACCAAUUGUUACUAAAUACAGUUUAUUCCUAAGGUGUUUCAAAAGCACUUUUUCUUAUGAAGAGUUUUUUUUUAUCUAUGUCUUUUUUUUUUAAUUUUGAACAUACGAACAGUAAUUUUUAAAAAAUUUUCAUUGAUUCUCAGACAUCUCCACGAUGCCUUUAAUGACUACAUUAGAUGUAAUUGCUUGGAAAGUGUACUCUGCUUGGCAGACGCUCUGAGCAAAUAAAAAUGGACAUCCACUCCCUAGUAACCAUUAAUACAUCAUCACACUUUACAUACAUAUAAACAUAUUCAUCUUAUUGAUCGCGUUCGUGCGAGAAACCAGUGUUGUUGAAUAACACGGUUCAUUUUCUGCCAUUAUUACCACUGCCUUACAUCUCUCUCUCUCUCUCUCUCCUGUUAUUAGCUUUCUGAAACAAGUUCACGGAUGUAUUUAUCUCUCUCUCUCUCUCUGUUGAUUGAAAUUCUUCUUCACUGCUGGUCACUCAUAAAACUCUUUCUCUUUCUCUCUCUCUCUCUCUCUCUCUCUCUCUCUCUCUCUCUCUCUUUCUCUCUCUUGAUUGAGUCUUUUUUAUUACUUCUCUCUCUCUCUCAAUCUGUUGAUUGACAGUCCUGUGCAAUGGCUGUCACUCAGAAAAAAAAAGUCAAUACGUUUCAACAUCUCGAACACAUUUUGAAGAUUUGGUUUGCCUUGUCAUUCCUAUUUGUUAUCGGGGUAUUUACGUGAAGAAGAAGAAGAAGAAGAAGAAGAAGAAGAAGAAGAAGAAGAAGAAGAAGAAAACAGGGUGAAGAAGAAGAUUUAAAAAAAAUUUAAAAAAGGGGAAAAAAACUUGUUGCAGUAACUAUAGUCUUCGUAAUUUUAUGAAAUGUCGAAAACUGUCGUCCCUCGAUGUGCAUGUGUAUGUUUUCUGUGUUUUAGCUCCAAAUACGAUAUAGUCAAGUGGUAGCUCGUAGCUACUUCGAUGUCUUCUUAAAACUACUGCUCUUUGUAUGACCGCUGACAUUGUAGUUGAAAGGAAACAGAAGAAACUUUCCAUCUAUUUUUCUAAGCAUAUAGAUGAGAACUCAUUUUUUUUUCCGAACCAACCCCGCUUAUUUUUUCCCCCUGUUCAAAUUUGUAUUUUCAAAGUUGUUCCUUGAAGCUCUAACUCUCUCUCUCUCUUUAAAAGUUGAUGAGUAUUACAGUCUAUAAGACAUGGAAGUGAAACAGAAAAGGAGAAAAGAUUGUUAUCCUUCUUCCUGCAUUUUCCGUUCCCUCCUGUUACCCCUCCUUUCAAACGAACGCUUUAAUACUCUUUGAAAGCUUGAAUUUCAAGUCAGUGGCCCCUGUGGUGGUGGUGGUGGUGGUGGUGGGCUUGUUCCAUAUGAAUGGGGUUCAUCUGCUGAAUCAUAGCCAUAAUUGUAGAGUUAUUAUUACCUCGGAUGAUCCGGUCACAUUCUGUCAACUUAAUAAUGCCUAGUAUCUCGUCAGUUUCAACCAAGAGACUGGGAAGGAGUUAGCACUCUAACUGCCAGUGAUUGCAUGACGUCUUUUGUAGUCAUUCUGAUCUCUGAAUAUAUCAGUGCCUACGCAGGAUCGAAGGAAAAUACAGCCGUUAUUAAUAUGCAGGAACUGAAUUGUGGUCCCUUUAUGUAAGGUGUUGAUGAGGUUGUAUACAGUGUGCUCAGAGCAGCAAGAGCUGAGGUCUACGUACAGUUCUCUUUGAGAUCUUGAAGCAAUUGUCUUUUGAGGAAAGUUAUUCAGUUUUCCGCAUUUCAUUCGCAUUCCGUACUCGAACAGUCCACUCAGAAUCUGCUUACAAAACUUAUUUGUUUCCAGUGUCACAAACCAACAUUUUUUUUUCAAAGAACAGAGAAAAACAGAAAGAAAGGAAAGUCAUUUUUACCAUCUUUGUAUAUCAGCAGUGUUGGACUCAGUUUCAUACUAACUAACACAGAGGUGUCAUUCAAAGGCGGCCAGGAAGAGGAAAGCAGAGAAUAAAACUUAGCAAAAACAGACUGUGCAGUGAGGACACGCAUUCCUAUAUAUUAUCAUGCCAAUGAUACAUUUUGAUAAAUCCGUUCAUACAGAUACAAGUGACAUUUUUCUCCUCGAUGCCUGACCGUAGUGUAGUAGCAUUUCACAAGUAGGAAAUUACUGCUCUUCCGUUUAUUCUGAUAUUUGUCGGUACUUCAAAGGCUGGAUUCGUAAAAGUGAUGUGUCGUCAAGCCGUGAUCGGUCAUCGACCCGGACAAUAAUAUUUAAGGUCAAGUUGUCUUUAUUUAUUUAUUUUUUUUUUCGUGUUAGAAACGGACAAUACUCAAGAGCGCUCUAGUCGCAUGGGAUUUCUUGAUCUUCCCGGAUUAUACUAAGAGUCAUUAUUUGUGAAUAUGUCUUGUUAUUCAUACACUGAGAAUAUAUAUACAAAUACAUA